AUGGUGACGAGCCUUUCUUUGAGCCACCUGGCCCGGCCAGAUUUUGCCUUUCUAGCGUAUGCUGUUGUACUGUCCUGUUUGGCUUAUCUUUUGGGCCGCCCUCUAGUGAAGGUUGUCCAUGGAUUGUUACAGGCCGACGACCAGAAAGCUUCUCAUCGAGCCUCAGGUCUCGACCAAGCUGAAAAAGGAAGGCUGAAGAAGGAGGAUGGGACGUUGGAGGAAGACAUAUUUCAAUUGGAAAAGCGAGCUUUCUUCAGCAAGACGUGGUUAUUCGUAUGCCACCGUAGCAGGUUUGAUAAACUCGGAGAUUAUCAUGCCUUUGACGUUGCCGGAAUUUCCUUCUUCGUUGUCUUAGGCAGGGACUCGAAGGUCCGGGCUUUCCAUAACGUCUGUCGCCACCGAGCCUACACCGUCGUUCGGAAGCCAUGUGGCACUUCGACCCGUUUCUCCUGCAAGUACCAUGGUUGGCAAUAUGACGAUGAAGGCCGGCUCGUCAAGGCGCCCAAAUUCGACGAGUCUCCUGGAUUUGUACCGGAGGAUAAUGGUCUGUUCGAGGUGAAAUUGAUUACCACAAGGGAGGGCUUGGUGUUUGUCAAUUUCGACGCUAGCACGAUGAACCUGCCCUUCAACAAUGUCAAGUCUCACGUCGAUCUUGAGAGCUGCUCCUGGGUGGGUGGUAUGGACGUGCCUUGCGCUACAAAUUGGAAAGAGAUAGGUGAGUUCGGCCCUGACCGGCAGUAA